AUGGUCCCAGAACUUCAUUGCACUGGGCUGGUGGCAGCUGAGAAGCUGUCCAAGGUGGAAGCAAAUCCAGACGAGGAAAAGAACUCGGGAAAGAAGGCCCGGAGCCUUACCCUCCACCUCCUUCCUCUAUUUCCUCCAGAUUCCUCUAGCCCCUUCCAUCUCCUAAGCAAUGCCCUGUCCAAUGUCAUCUGCGCAGUGGUGUUUGGGCAGCGCUACGAGUAUGAUGAUCCCGAUUUCAAGACUCUGCUGGAUAUGCUGAAUAACAAUUUCAAGCUCAUUGGUUCCCAGUGGGGCCAGAUGUACGACAUGUACCCCUCCGUCAUGGAUUGGGUUCCUGGUCCCCAUCACCAAAUCUUCCACAACUUUGAGUUGCUUCGGGCCUUCAUCUAUGACCAGAUAUGGAAACACCAGAAAACCAGGAAGCAAGGAGAGCCUCGGGACUUCAUUGACUGUUACCUAGACCAGAUAGACAAGGACAAGCAAGACCCCUGGAGUCACUUCCACAUGGACACACUGAUGAUGACAACCCACGAUCUCUUUUUUGGGGGCAAUGAGACAACAAGCCCAACACUCCGCUAUGCACUGCUGAUCUUGCUCAAGUAUCCUGAAGUGACAAAAAAAGUCCAAGAAGAGUUAGAUCGUGUAGUGGGUCGGGACAGGGCUCCUCGACUGGAAGACAAAACCAACCUGCCCUAUACCAACGCAGUCCUGCACGAGAUCCAGAGAUUGAUCAGCAUCUUACCCAUGGACCUGCCCCGAGCGGUCACCGAGGACACCAUUUUUCGUGGUUACUUCCUGCCCAAGGGAACCCACAUCAUCCCACUCUUGGUCUCUGCAAACCGGGACUCAAUCCAGUUCAAGGACCCACAAAGCUUUGACCCAACCAACUUCUUGGAUGAGAAAGGGGCUUUCCGACCAAACAAGGCCUUCACACCCUUCGCUAUAGGGAAGCGUGUCUGCCUCGGGGCAGGUCUAGCCCGAAUGAAGAUCUUUCUCUUCCUCACCACCAUCCUCCAACGCUUCACACUCAGCACAGCGGAGAAACCAGAGAACAUCGACCUGACCCCCCAGUUCACAAGCCUGGGAAAAGUCCCCCCGCCCUUCGAGCUCCGCGUGCUGGCCCGCUGAGCUCCCGCCCCAGGGGAUGCCUGCAAUCCUUCCCCACUGUGUCUUGUGUCUAAUAAACUCCACCAAAGGCA